UAAACAAACUAAGUUAUCCGCCUUGUUGUGGCUUUUAGUUUUCUGGCAUGAUGACUUACAAUAUUGUGUUAUUUUAUAAUUUACGCCUAGUGAGAAUGUUAAAUAAUUAAAAUCUUUCGCAAACAUUCGGAAAUUAGAAUAAUUAUGUUGAUUUGUCAAUACGGUUACCUCUCCAAGUGUGAAAUUCAGAUGAGCCGAAGUUGCUCAUCUUAAUCAAGCGUGGAUUCAGGUGGAUUCUAAUUCUUCCCUCAUUAUCAUGCCACAGCUGGCUGUAGUAUUUACAUUCCAUGUGCUCACGGGCAUAUCCAAUUUAUUGUCAACUGAAUCCAUUACAAUUAAAUCAAGUAGGAACAUACUUCUGAGGCCGGAAUAUGAUGUGGGAAGAUUUCAACCCUGAACUUACUUUCACCAAUUAUGUACUGAAUUUUCAACUCUCAGAUGACGCAAUUAAUUCAAAGAACUUUGCAUCAUAUCAAUGAUGUGAUGUCAGAUCCUUGGUCAGUACCCACUCUGCAAUUUGAUGCUGUGUUUAGUCGUAAAAUUCCAGCCAUGGAACCAAGUGCGGAAGAGGUACGGAGGAGAUUCGGCGAGAUAACAGACCACGUUAAACGAAUGAUGUCAAGUUUGCCAGUGAUGGAAACCUGGUUUUCACUUCCUAGUGCUGCAUCAUACAUAGAACUUGGAAGCGAAACCGCUUUUGAUGGUUCAACACAAGAAACUCUCAACUGUCAUCUAGAUAAAUAUCUGACUAUCCUGACAUCUCAUAUAAAUGAAGUGGGUUGAAUCAAGAGAAAAUGAUCGACUCAUUGUUGGAGACAGCUGAUGCAUACAUCAAAAGAGUGCUAAAUGAAAUAAUCUAUAAGCAGCUGGGAGAUAAUUUUGAGAUCUGCGAUGAGUUUAACAAAUUAUCCAAGCGUGCCUUGGCAGUUCCUUCAACAACAGAGGAACUUAUCGCAGUUGAGGAGUACAUGAUCUUUGUUGAGUCAAAAUAUCUUGAUCAGUUAACCGAGAAAAUAUUAUACAUUACGCAGUUUGGGACUGAUCUCAUGGAGGCCACCAGUUUAAGUGCUGAACAUUUGCAAGCCAGUCAAGAAACCAUCAACUGGCUUUAUAGAAUCAAACCUAUAAUGGAUGAAUGCAUAAUUCUGAUAGAAAAGGUGAAGUAUGAUUUUGAAUCAAGGCUUCGAGAAAAGACUGAAAAACUAAAUAAAGAUUUGGAGGAUGUCUGUCCGAGUUUGGAGUUUCUCAAUAAUUUGGAUGAUUCCACUAAAAUUUAUGAAUAUGUGUUGUUCAUCAAAACUUUCCUUCGGAAAAUUGAACAGUUUGACUCUGUGGUGCAAUGGAUAAACAAAGAAGAAAUGCUAUUCAAGUAUCCGCUCUCUACAUAUCCAGACCUUGAUGAGCUGAAGAGUAUUGUCCACCCUCUCGCCAAACUGAUCUUCUUAAGUAAUAAGUGGUUUCGCACAAAAAAGCUAUGGAUGGAUGGAUCCUUUGACAAGCUCGUAAAGCAUGAAGUUGAAGAAACAAUGACUUCAUUUCACAAAAAUUAUUUAGCAUUGCAGCAAAUGUAUAAAGCUAAGUGUAAGCAACAAGCGAAUGAUAAUAAUCCCAAAAGAUUUAAAGGUGUAGUCGAUGACCCUGAUUUUUCCAACUGGCCGGCUCCUUUGAAAAUCAUUUCUCAAACCAUUGAUAGUAUCAAAGACUUUCAGCAACACAUUCCCGUGAUCAGUAUUUUAGGUAAUCCUGCUUUAAGAGACCGACAUUGGACAGAAAUGUCAAACCUAAUCGGUUUGAAUCUGCGGCCCUCUGCAGGAACAACUUUGAGAAAAGUUUCCAAAUUAGACCUAAAAAACUUCCUGCCAAAGUUUGAAGUUGUAAGCAUCAGUGCAACCAAGGAACUUGAGCUGCAACAGAAAUUGGAAGAAGUUAAAAAUGAGUGGAUGGAUGUUCAUUUCACCACUGAAUUGCAUCCAACAUCCGGUAUCAUUAUGUUAUCUAACAUCGAGGAAAUUCAAACGCUAAUUGACGACCAUAUCAUCAGGACUUUGUCGAUCAGGAGAUCUGCAUUCAUACAACCGAUCAAAGAAAAUGCCAGAGAGUGGUUUGAAACACUGACCGAAAUGACAGAAGUUCUGGAGCUAUGGACUCUUCUUGAAGAGCGGUGGCUUUACUUUUUAAAUUUAUUCAACUCACAAACGAUUGCAACAGAAGUGCCAAAAAUUUACUCUUUGUACCAUGAUGUAAACAAAACAUUACACAAUCUUACAUCUUCAAUCGAGAAGGAGGGAAAAGUCCUCAAAACGGUGGGGCAGCGAGAUGUUAGAUGGACAAUAAAAAAAUCCUAUGAUCGGUUGGAAACAGUCAGUUUACAUCUUCACGAUUUCAUUGAUAAAAAACGAUUGUGCUUUCCAAGAUUUUACUUUCUCUCUAACCCAGAAGUCAUGGACAUUCUUUCUGAAUUUGCAAAUCCGUCCAGAGUUCAGCCAUUUCUUUUGAAAUGCUUUGCCGGCAUUAACAGUCUAGGAUUCAACAGUGAGAGCGAAAUAGUAUCUAUGAGCAGUGUUCAUGGGGAAACCAUCCAGUUUUCAAACAAGAUUUCUGUUCCUCCAAUGUCACCUGUAGAGAAAUGGUUGGCAGAGGUAGAGCAAGAAAUGAAGCUGACCAUGGACUUUGAAAUCAGGAAGUGUUUGAGCAUCAAUGAAACCGAGGCUGAUCUCUUCUUACUGAUUGAAAACAGACCUAGUCAAGUUCUGCUUUGCAUUUGGCAUAUCAAUUGGACAUCAGAGGUUCAAAAGUGUUUGAAAAGAGCAAAUUACCACUUUCUUCAAAACCACAUCGCUGCGGCACAGACGAAGCUUGAUGAAUCGAUCAACCUGAUCGCCUCCAACCUAACCUCUGGGCAACGACACACAUUAGAAGCAUUGAUGGUCUUACAAUCGCACUGCUUACAAGUGAUGCGAUCAUUCACUCCAGAAGAUAUGUCUGAAAUUAACUUCAAAUGGCUCUCUCAGCCAAGGUAUCUCUGGAAAGACAGCGUAAAGUUUCAAAUGAUGAGCGCUUUGCUACCCUACAGUUAUGAAUAUCUUGGAGAAGUCUCCCGACUGGUCAUAACUCCUUUGACAACACGGUGCUUUGUUACGCUAGUCAAUGCUUUUCAGCUCCAUCUUUUUGGCAGUAUCGAAGGGCCCACAGCCACCGGGAAAACAGAAACUGUGAAAGAUCUCUGUGAAAUGCUUGCCGUCCUGUGUGCAACUUUCAACUGCUCCAAUUUUCUGCAUUACUCGGUUAUUGGCAAGUUUUUUAAAGGUCUUGCUUUCACCGGUGCUUGGGUCUGUUUUGAUGACUUUGACCGUAUUGAAGUUGGUGUUUUGUCCGUGGUGGCCCAACAGCUAAUUUCCAUCUCUCAAGCAAUACAAAAUAAUGCGGAGCUUUUUAUUUUUGAAGGCACUGAGAUUCGACUGAACAAUUCUUGCUAUGUUUGCAUUGUAAUGAACCCGAAGUAUGAGUCAGUGUCUAUCUUACCUGACAAUUUAAAGGCUCUAUUCCGCAACAUUGCCAUGAUUAAACCUGAUGUUCACCUUGUGGCUGAAGUUAUGCUCCAAUGUUUUGGUUUUAUUGAUGUCAAGAAUUUAUCGUCAAAGUUAGUGAUUGCCUAUGAACGAUUUCACACCCUUCUAUCCCGACAAUCUCACUAUAAUUUUGGUUUAGGAGCUAUCCGAUUCAACCUAAUGCAUGCAAGAGACUUAAAAAUUGAACACCCCGUUGAGAAAGAAAGUCUCAUUUUGGCUCGAUCAGUUGCUGAAAUCAAUAUUCCAAAGUUGCAUUCCUCAGAUGUUGAUUUAUUUCAUGAAGUUCUUCAAAGUGUAUUUCCAGAACACACUCGGUCCAUGGAAGAGCAUAAUAUUUUUGAGGAGUCUGUCAUUGAGGUAUGCAAGAAGAAGAAUUUACAAGCACACAAAUGUUUGAUAUCUAAAAUGAAAGAAAUAAUGGAUAUGCUGAAUAUUACUCCUGGUGUUUUACUUGUUGGAGAAUCAUUCUGUGGGAAAACUACGAUCCUUCAAGUUCUAAUUGAAGUCUUGCAUCAAACAACCCAAAUCGAUUACAGCUUUAUUAAUCCAAAGUCCGUCACAAUUGAAUCUCUGUAUGGUGAAUUUAAUCGCAAAAAAAACGUUUGGGUCGAUGGAAUAUUCUCAUCCAUAUUUAGGAAGUACGCUGCAGAUGAGAGUGAUGCAAAAAGAAAGUGGAUCAUUUUCGAUGGUCCAGUUGACCCCAUCUGGGUGGAAAACAUUAAAUCCGUAUUAGAUCCCACUGAAACCUUGAGUUUAUCUUCUGGUGAGAAUAUCAGAAUGAGUGACUCCAUGUCGUUCUUAUUUGAAACAACAACUUUAAAAGAGGCUUCCCCAGGCACCAUCGCACGGUGUAACGUCAUCUACGUUGAUCCAACGGCACUCAGUUGGCAGCAUGUGGUAGAUAGCUGGAUGGCGUGUCUUCCCAAAGAGUGGAUAAACUUCCGGGCUGUAUUUGUCACGAUGUUUAACUGGCUUAUUCCCCCGUGUCUCAGUUUUGUGGAGACUAGCUGCACCAAAGUGUUGCGGGUGACAAAUAAUAAGAUUGUCAAAAGUCUUACUCAAUUUGUCAAAAUGUUACUGUCUGAUGCAUUGGAUGAAAAUGAUCAGAAUUUUACUCAUUUCUUAAUUUGGAUUCAAGCAGUAUUUUUAUAUGCUGGUCACUGGUCGUUUGGAGGAACUUUAAACAGUGAUUCUCGCCUCAUUUUUGAUGAGUUUUACAAAAAUUUGUGGAGAGGAGAUGAUGAAAAUAAUUUGAUGCCAGCGACUGAGGAACUAGAGAAAAUUGAAAUUGUAAUUCCUGUUGACGGGUCACUAUUUGACUACUAUUAUCAGUUCAAAGCAAAAGGAUCUUGGAAAUAUUGGCCCGAGUUUGUACGAAAUUUCAAAAUUGACGAAUCCAGCAAUAUUCAACAAGUCUUGGUACCAACCGUCGAUGCAGCCAGGUACAACUAUGUACUAGAUAUGCACAUUCGCCACGGAGUUCCAGCUUUGUUGUUUGGUCCAACUGGCACUGGCAAAUCAUUUUACAUUCAGAAUCUUCUAACCAGUCAUCUGUCCAUGGAAAAGUUUGUCCCCGGUGUGAUCACCCUCUCCUCUCUAUCGACACCAAAAUAUAUCCAGGAUAUGAUAAUCUCGAAACUAUUAAGGUACAAGCACAAAACAUUUGGACCUCCUAGUGGCAAGAGAGGUGUUCUUUUUAUCGAUGAUGUUCACAUGCCUCUCUCAGAUCAAUAUGGAACGAAACCUGCAAUAGAGUUACUGAAAUUUCUUCUGGACUAUAACUUUGUAUACAACUUAAAGACAAAAUCAGAGAUGGACUUCCAUAAUUUAGUAUUCAUCGCUAGUAUGGGCUCAGUGAGUAGUGAAAAUUAUAGCGUCAGCCUGCGGUUUCUUCAUCAGUUCAAUUGUUUUAAAAUCAACUCUUUCUCCGAUGAAAUCAUCACAAGAAUUUUUUCAACAUUAAUAAUGGCAGGAUUCAGACGUAACGGUUUCUCCACUGAGCUUUAUCCUGUCGCAGUCUCUAUCAUCAGCUCUACCCUAGAAAUGUACAAAUUCUCAAUGAAGUAUCUUCUACCAACACCAACCAAGUCCCACUACAUGUUUAGUCUUAGUGAUUUUGCCAGAGUUGUUUACGGUUGUAUUCUUUGCAGAAGGGAAUCAGUUGACAGCAAAAGAGUCCUUGUUCGAUUGUGGGCUCAUGAAGCCCUUCGUGUUUUCUAUGACCGUCUCGUUGAGGAGGACGAUCGACAAGUUUUUUAUGAUAAGAUGAUGGAAUGUGUAUCUGGAAUUUUUAAAGAGGACAUUGGUGAAAUGUUUGAGGGCCUUUAUAAUACAGAACAGCAGAUGAAUAAAGAAGCGUUCGCAGAACUGAUAUUCAGUGUGAUUUUGGAUCAAAGUCCUGACGAUCGGAAGUAUGAAGAAGUACCCUCAGUCGAUCAUUUUUAUGAUGCUGCCAUGCAAGUUAUUGAAGAUUACAAUGCAACCCACCAAAAUAAAAUGAGCAUCGUUCUCUUCAAGUAUGCAGUUGAGCACUUGAGUCGGAUUUGUCGAAUCCUGUCAAUACCUGGUGGGAACGCUCUUCUUGUUGGAGUGGGCGGCUCAGGCAGACAAUCGCUCACCAGAUUAGCCGGAGCUGUUUGUCGACAGAGAGUAUUUCAGCCUAAAAUCACUAAAAACUAUUCUCUCAAUGAAUGGCGGGCGUGUCUGAGAGAAUUGCUUGAAGAAGCAGGAGUGUGCAACAGGCCAUGUGUAUUUAUUUUCUCCGAAGGCCAAUUCAAAGAGGAUUGGUUCCUGCAAGAUAUUCACUAUCUGCUCAGUACAGGUGAAGUGCCUGGAAUUUUCACCAUUGACCAACAUUUAGAGAUCAUUCAGAAAGUUCGACUGGCAGCUCAAGGAGGAAAUAGGAAUGUAGACAUGAGUCCCUUGGCUGUUGAACGCUUUUUCAUCAAUCGCUGCAAGCAGAACCUACAUCUUUGCAUGUGCUUUAGCCCAGCAGGCUCAUUUUUCAAACAUUACCUACGGAUAUUUCCAUCCCUUAUCAAAUGUUCUACCAUCGAUUGGUUCGAACCAGUUGUUCCAGUGCAUAUCGAUGGAAAAACUUACUUUUUUGAGGGUUGGCCAGAAGAAGCCAUGAAUAAUGUUGCUAUUCGUUAUUUGGCCCCUGUAAACUUGAAUGAUGAUGUCAAGGCUGCUGCUGUUCAAGCGUGCAAAUUUUUCCAUGUUGUUGCAAGGAAAAUAUCUGAUGAUUACCUGAAAGCAACUGGUAGAAAAACGUAUGUUACGACUGCAGCGUACUUGGAACUUAUCCAAACCUAUGUGCAAUUUACUACUCAGAAACAAGAAGAGAUAAUGGCGGCUAAAAUGCGUUAUGUCGGUGGUCUUGACAAGUUGGAUUUUGCAGCCGAACAAGUUACUGUGAUGCAAAAAGACUUAAACUCACUGCAGCCUCAAUUAAAAGCUGCAGCUGAACAGACAGAAGGAAUGAUGAAAGUUAUUGAGAGAGAAACCAAACAAGUGGAAGAAACUUCAGCUCAAGUGCGCGAAGAUGAAAAAAUCGUCAACCAGCAGGCAAAAUCAGCAAAUCAGCUAAAAGAAGAGUGUGAAACAGACCUAGCUCUCGCAAUUCCAAUCCUUGAAGAGGCUAUCAGUGCUCUGAACACCCUGAAACCCACAGACAUCACCCUUGUUAAGUCCAUGAAAAAUCCACCCGACGCAAUUAAACUAGUCAUGGCUGCAGUUUGUGUCAUGAAGGACAUCAAACCAGAGAAAAUCCCAGAUCCGAACAAACCAGGGUCCAAAAUGAUCGAUUACUGGGGGCCGAGCAAACGGCUCCUGGGUGAUAUGAGUUUCUUGCAGAGUUUAAAGGAGUAUGAUAAAGACAAUAUCCCUCCUGCCAUCAUGGCGACUAUACGCAAGCAGUACCUGCCCCACAAAGACUUUAAACCACAGAUUGUAGCAAAAGCCUCCAGCGCUGCGGAGGGUCUCUGUAAGUGGAUUAUUGCCAUGGAUAUGUACGAUGCUGUUGCCAAAGAAGUAGCUCCAAAAAAAGCUAAAUUCGAUUUGGCGCAAAAGAAAUUUGAAGCUACGAUGGCAAUUCUGAUCGAAAAGCGGAAUCAAGUUGUAGAACUUGAAGAAAAGUUAGAGAUUUUAAAAGAACAGCUGGAGCAAGUUCAAGUCAAGAAAAGGGCACUUGAAGAGGAGGUCAACUUGUGCGCAGGAAAGUUAAAGAAAGCUGAAAAUUUGAUCAGUAGCCUUGGAGGGGAAAGAGCUCGAUGGACUCAGAAAGCGAAGGACUUGCAGCAUCGUUACGACUGUAUUCCAGGGGACAUUUUACUAUCAUGCGGAAUUAUCUCUUACCUAUCCCCCUACACUGCAGACUUCCGCCAGCCGCAAAUUGAACUUUGGAAGCGCUAUUUGACAAGCUUGAAAAUCCCCUGCUCCGAGAACUACGAUAUCGUCACGGUUCUAGGCUCUGAGGUCAAAAUUCAGCAAUGGAAUAUUUGUCGUUUGCCUCAUGACUCUUUCUCAAUAGAAAAUGCUAUCAUUCAAGAUUGCUCCAAGAGAUGGGCACUAAUGCUUGAUCCGCAAAGACAAGCAAAUAAGUGGAUUAAAGUUAUGGAAAAACCCAAUAGCUUAGAAGUAAUAAAGGCAGAUGAAGCGCACUACAUUAAAAAAAUCAAAGUCUGUAUGGAAACGGGGCGGCCGGUUUUAAUUGAAAAUGUUUUAGAGGAGCUUGAUCCGUUACUUGAUCCGAUUCUACUGAAACAAACAUUUACUCAAGAAUCAAGAAGGAACUCACAAAAAUAUAUCGCCCUCGGAGACGAAAUUAUUGAAUACCAUCCAGCAUUUAAAUUGUACCUCACCUCAAGUUUACGAAACCCUCAUUUAGCCCCUGAGGUGUACAACAUCGUAACUGUUCUUAAUUUUGCUCUCAGCGUGAGUGGUUUGGAGGACAAGCUCUCCAGCAUUGUUAUUGCGAAAGAGAGACCUGAUUUGGCUGAUAAGAAUACCGAGCUAACUUUAGAACAUGCCGAAAAUAGGAAGGCUUUGUUAGCAGUAGAGGAUAGUAUUUUGAGAGCUUUGUCAGAAUGCACAGGGAAUAUUUUAGAAGAUGAGGGGGCAGCUGCAACAUUAGACGAAUCUAAACUUGUCGCAGCAAAAAUCAUUAAGAAGCAAGAAGCGGCAAAAGCCGACAGGAAAGUGGUACAGAGUUUCCAUAUGAGUUAUCAGUCAGUCGCAGCGCAUUGCGCUGUUCUAUACUAUUGUAUCAGUGAUUUGCCAAACAUCGAUCCUAUGUACCAAUUUUCUCUCGAUUGGUUCAUCAAUAAAUUCAUCCAAUCCAUUGAGUCAGCGAAAAAAUCGACUGUCACUGUCAAACGAGUACAUAAUCUCAAACAGACCUUUACCUUGACACUGUAUGUCAACGUUUGUCGCUCUUUAUUCGACAGACAUAAAUUACUAUUCUCUUUCAUUCUUUGUUCAAGCAUCAUGAUGAAGUACGAAAGAUUGGAUGUGAGAGAAAUGAAAUUUUUAGUCCGUAGUAAGUUUCAAACGGACUUAGAGAACCCAAUAUCCUGGCUACCAGCUUCAAGUUGGAGUCAAUUAUGCUGUAUUGACACAUUAAGUGCUUUUCAGGGGUUCAAGCAAAGUUUCCUAGAAAAUCUCACCGUCUGGCAUGAGUGUUUCAAUUCGGAGGAACAGUUCCCUCAAUUGCCAGCACCAUGGAGCGCAUCCUUAACAUCGUUUCAACAGUUGAUCGUACUGAAAAUGUUGCAGCCUGAAAAGUUGAUUCCAUGUAUUGUGAAGUUGAUUGAAUCAGAACUGUCUUCAAAAUUCACUUCUUCACCACCCUUUGAUAUCAACGCAUCUUUUGCUGAUUCAAAUUGUCUAACGCCGAUUGUGUUCAUCCUGUCUCCAGGAACUGAUCCGAUGAAAAGUUUGAUUCAAUUCUCACAUCGGAUGAAUUUUACCAACAAAUUUCAAUCCCUCUCUUUGGGUCAUGGCCAAGAGUCGGUCGUAAUGCGGUUGAUAAAAGAGGCACAAACAGAGGGAAAUUGGCUGUGCUUGCAGAACUGUCAUUUGGCAUCAUCUUGGCUUACAGAAUUAGAAAACGUCUGCAAAAAUUUUGAUUUAUCCAACACGGCCCCCACAUUUCGACUGUGGCUUACCAGUUCCUCUUGUGAUCAGUUUCCAACACACAUUCUGCAUACCGGUGUCAAAAUGGUUGUAGAAGCUCCUAUUCGUCUCCAGCAAAAUCUUCUGAGCAAUUAUCUUUCAGACCCAAUCAAGGAUCCUGAUUUCUUUGAAAGCUGCCCUGGUAAAGACGGUCCUUUCACGAAGCUCCUGUACAGCGUUUCAUUUUUCCACGCGGUCAUCCAAGAGCGGGAAACGUUCGGGUCUAUCGGAUGGAAUGUCCCGUAUGGAUUUAAUGAGUCUGAUUUUCACAUAUCCAUCACUCAGCUGCAGAUGUUAAUCAAUGAUUAUUCAGCCGUGCCUUAUGGAACUAUCAACUACAUAAUUGGUGAAUGCAACUAUGGUGGUCGAAUUACCGACGAACUUGAUCGAAAACUUUUGAUCACCAUCCUAUCCAACUAUUGUAAUGCCGAUAUCGUCAAUGACCCAAACUAUUUAUUUAACCCUGGUAACGAUAAGACUCAGAUCCCCAUCUGCUCUGACUAUCAUGAAUUUGUUUCAUCUAUAACGGAAUUACCAUUCAUAGCUCCGCCAGAAAUUUUUGGUCUGCACAUCAAUGCUGGCAUGAGAAGGGAUCUAGAGUCCACUAGAACUUUCCUAAAAACACUUUCACUCGUUCAAGAGAGUGGCUGGAUCGAUGACUCUUCUGAUUUCUAUUUGAACGCUCUCCAUAUUGCCGAUGAGAUUUUGGAAAGGCUACCAGAGCGUUACGACUUUCAAGGAGGAGAAAGAGGCCAAUCUGAAAGCCGUAGUUUCUCUCUUACCUGCUUUUUAUCUCAUGAACUAAAUCUGUUUAACUGUCUACGCUUGAAAAUCCAGUCUUCCCUGAGUAAUCUGCAAAAUGGAGUCAAAGGCAUCAUUCUAAUGAACUCUCAGCUUGAUGAGAUCGCUCGGGCUCUUAACAACAAUCAGUGCCCAGCAGUUUGGUUCAAGUCCUCUUAUCCUAGCACAAAGAGCUUGUCUAAUUACGUAACUGACUUCACGAAAAGAUUCGGGUACUUAAAGAAAUGGUAUGCUGGCUCCCAUCCCACAUCAGUAUGGCUUUCCAGUUUUUUCCAUGUGAAUGCGUUUCUGCAUACUUGUUUGCAUGAGCAUGCCAAAAGUAAUAACAUCUCUGCCGAUAUUUUGAGCUUUGAUCAUGAAGUUUUAAGUCUGGAAUCAAUGUCAGAAGCCCCUGUCUCUGGAGUUUAUGGAUUCGGUUUUUAUUUGGAAGGAGCAAGGUGGGAUCGAAACAUGAAAUGUUUGCAAGAGCAGUACGUUAAAGUUCUUUUCGAUGCCAUGCCUGUCAUUUGGUUCAAGCCUGUUCUUCAAGCCAAUUUAAAUGCAAAAGAUAGAUUUCUAACACCGCUGUAUCAGACACCGGAAAGGAAGGGCCGUAUUCUGGUGCUGGGCUCAUCAUCGAAUUUCAUCACCAACAUUUUGCUCAGUUCGGAAGUUCCUCAUAAACACUGGAUCAUGAGAGGAGUGGCUCUGCUCUGUCAGCUAAGUGACUGAAUCUAACAGCAAAUCGAACGGUCGUUUUCUUGAUUGAAGAAUCAAAGAUGGCUCAUGGCGUAACAGAAGAUCUCUACUUUUUGUAAAGAACUGUUUACUUUUUUGUUACUUUUUACUUUU